AUGAAUGGGAAUCCCGCCAAGCCUAGGCCCGCAAGGCCAGGGUCAGCGCAACCUGCCGAUGCGAAUGGAACGUUCGAGGAUGCCAAGGAGAUACAGGAGCGCGCGGUGGCGAAUGGUGGUGCGAUUCCGGGACAGCUGCCACCGCUCGAUCCUCUGUCCCCCAGAUUUGUGAGGGCGAGAUACGCCUUUACGCCAUCAAAUCCGAACGAGCUGGAACGAGAUAGUUGCGGUCAUGGAACCGAUGUUGUGCCACAUGAAGCGCCCGUCCUGGUCCUGCUUGCUCAAAAGCUAGCAGAACCGAGGUACAAUAACCUCUCAAGGCUCCGUCGGCAAUCAUUGGCGGCCAUACGUUGGGGAAAGGAGAGCGAUAACGUCGGGAAGACCGCAUGA